CCUUCUCGCCGUUUCUUCCCCCAAACAUGUCCAGCGCCACGCCCUCCAUCUUCACGUGCUAGACUCGGCGUAAUGUCCUUGUACAACGGAAUCUACGGCGAACUGAGCGACUUCAAGGCAUACUCCAGGAAGCACUAGACGGCCCCCGCUCGUCUCUUUGACCGUGCUCCAGAAGAACAAUCUUACCACGCUGUCCCCGUUCACACACCCAUCACCACCGCUCCUCCUGACACCUAACUCCGCGACACCUCCUCUCUGACUGCAAUCCUCAUCCACCGCCCCCGGCAUUCGCUGUGUGCUGCCAAUUUGCACGCACGGACAAUUUUCUGGAAAAUAUUCCGCAGCUCCUGAUCAGCUGAGAACUCAACAUGCACAUCACCGAAAAGUUGCAGCAAGCCCAUGGCAAGGGCAAGGCAACAUGUUCAUUCGAAUACUUCCCUCCGAAGACGGCACAAGGUGUGCAGAACCUGUACGACCGCAUGGACAUGAUGCAUGGCCUCGGCCCGGCCUUCAUCGACAUAACAUGGGGUGCUGGAGGCCGCCAUUCAUCAUUGACCUGCGAGAUGGUCAAGGUGGCUCAGACUGCAUACGGCUUGGAAACAUGCAUGCACUUGACUUGCACAGACAUGGAGCGCAGCAAGAUCGAUGAUGCUCUGAAAGAAGCCUACAAGGCUGGUUGCACGAACAUUCUAGCUCUCCGUGGUGACCCACCUCGAGAGCAGGAGAAAUGGGAGGCUACCGAAGGUGGCUUCCGCUACGCAAAAGAUCUCAUCACAUAUAUUAAGAAGACAUAUGGCGACCAUUUUGACAUUGGCGUGGCAGGAUACCCAGAGGGUGUCGACGAGACGUGCGGCGCAGACGAGCACAUCACCUAUCUGAAGGAGAAGAUUGAAGCGGGCGGCACCUUCAUCGUGACCCAGAUGUGCUACGAUGCAGAUAUUUUUAUCGAUUGGGUCAAGAAAUGCCGGGCAGCUGGCAUCCCAGAGUCAGUCCCGAUCAUCCCCGGUAUCAUGCCUAUCUCCACCUAUGCUGCGUUCCUCAGAAGGGCGAACUGGACGAAGGCGCACAUUCCCGAGCACUGGAUGGAAAAGUUGGAACCUAUCAAGAACGAUGAUAGCGCUGUCAGAGCCGUUGGAUGCGACCUCAUCGUGGAGUUCUGCCAACGGCUGCUCGACUUUGGUUUGAUGCAUUUGCACUUUUACACCAUGAAUCUGGCCCAAGCUGUCAAGAUGGUGCUGGAGAAGUUGGACAUGAUUCCCGAAGCCGAGAGUCCUCACCCAGACAUCAAGCCACUCCCAUGGCGCCAGUCUCUUGGUCUCAACAGACGCGACGAGAAUGUGCGACCAAUCUUCUGGAGAAACCGCAACAGGGCUUAUGUUGCUCGUACGCAAGAUUGGGAUGAGUUCCCUAAUGGUCGUUGGGGUGACAGCAGAUCUCCGGCUUUCGGUGGCCUGGACGAAUACGGGAUUGGCUUGAAGGGAACCAACGAGCACAAUCGGAAAAUCUGGGGCGAGCCCAAGUCGAUUCAGGAUAUUGCGAACCUCUUUGUCGGUUACAUGAGUGGAAAGGUUGAAUCGCUGCCAUGGUCCGAGGCACCAAUCAAUGAAGAGGCCAACACACUCGUGGAUGAUCUUGUCCAGCUGAACAGCCGCGGUCUGCUUACAAUCAACUCCCAACCAGCGGUCGAUGGUGUCAAGUCAUCACACCCAACCUAUGGCUGGGGUCCGCGGAAUGGCUACGUAUACCAAAAGCAGUACCUGGAAGUGCUCGUUUCUCCGGCUCUUAUUGAAACCGUCAUCGCGCGCAUGAACAGUGACCCAGAAAUCACCUACUACGCUGUCAACUGCAAUGGCGAGCUCAAGACAAAUGCGCCUCCAGAUGGAGGUCCAAAUGCUGUGACUUGGGGUGUCUUCCCAGGUAAGGAGAUUGUGCAGCCCACAAUUGUCGAAACGGUGUCCUUCCUGGCGUGGCGGGAUGAAUUUUACCAUCUUGGUCUGGAAUGGAGCAAGUGUUAUGAAGAAGGCAGCGAGAGUCGUAAGAUCAUUCGGGAGGUCACCCAAAACUGGUACCUCGUCAACAUCGUUCAUAAUGACUUCCGUCAGCAGCAAGGAAUCUUCCCCAUCUUUGACGGCCUCAAAGCACCAGGCCUUGAGCCGGCUGAGGUCAACGGUGUCAACGGCCAUGCGGAAACGAACGGUGUGGCACCAGAAACGAACGGCGUGCCAGACGGCAACAAUGCUGUUAACGGCGCAGACAAAGUUGCGAGCUCCAACAGCGCGCAAACCGCAUAAACAUAGACGGAAAACGUGGAAGUUACGUCUACACCUUAACGUGAUUAUGAAGAGAUUGCAUUUAGCGAGGCGUUCAACCGGGCAACAGGGCUUCUUCAACAAGGAGACCAUCUCAAAAAAGGCGCUUCAACAAUUGAACGAGGGCGUUGGAAUUUUUGACAGCAUUUUUUGAGAUACCCAUUCAACCGGGACAGGGCGGCGGAAACUCUGUAUUGUAUGUAAUACAGGCACUCGGCCGACGAGUGCGUUUUCUACAAAGCGUCGCGAGUGGUUGCUGUUGGCGACACUUUGCAGCUUCUGUGGAAUAAAAAGGGCUUUUGCGCGACGACGAGCAGAAGUCGCGUUUCAAAACACUACUCUUUCCAGCACAACUGAGAACGUGAAACUUGUUAUCCUACUGAUGGAAAGCGCUUACGUGUUUAUAGGAUGAAUGAGGCAGGC